AUGCCUUUUGGUCAGAUAGUUAUUGGGCCUCCAGGCUCCGGGAAGACCACUUAUUGUCAUGGCAUGCAGCAAUUCUUUAAUGCUACUGGACGAAAAGUCUCCGUGAUAAAUCUUGAUCCGGCCAAUGAUCAUGUUCCCUACGAUUGUGCAGUGAAUGUCUCUGAUCUUAUUACUCUUGAGGAAUCAAUGGAUGAACUUAAACUCGGUCCUAAUGGUGGUAUUAUGUACUGUAUGGAGUUUCUGGAGAAGAAUUUUGAUUGGCUCGAGGACGAACUGAAAGCUCUUGGAGACGAUUACGUAUUGUUUGAUUUGCCGGGCCAAGUUGAAUUGUUCACUCAUCAUGAUUCAGUCAAGAAUAUUAUUGAAAAAUUGGUCAAGCUGGACUAUAGACUGGUAACUGUGCAUUUAGUAGAUGCGCAUUACUGUACAGAUGCGACCAAGUAUAUUGCCAUGUUAUUAUUGUCAUUAAAGACAAUGAUACAGAUUGAAUUGCCUCAUGUGAAUGUAUUAUCCAAAGUUGAUCUGAUAGAGUCAUAUGGGGAACUUGCAUUCAAUCUGGACUUUUACACAGAAGUUCAAGAUCUGUCAUAUCUGCUGGGUCAAUUGGAUGAUAGUCCAUUCGGACAAAAAUUCAAAGACCUUAACAGGGCCUUAUGCAACCUUGUUGAAGACUUUUCACUUGUUGCAUUCUAUACACUUUGUAUAGAGGACAAGAAAUCAGUGCUUGAAUUAGUGAAGGUAAUAGACCGUGCCAAUGGAUACGUCUUUGGAGGUCAGUUACAUGGAGAUGAAAACCUCAUAUUUUCCGCCACAAUUAGUGAUCAUGGAUUCAUGAGCGAUAUCAUGGAAAUACAAGAGAAAUGGACUGAUUCAGGACAUGGAGCAGAAUACAUAGAAAAUUCUGCCGAUUCAUAA